AUGGCAACAUAAAUAAUAAAUAAAAGGGAUGAACACAUAAAGAAAAUAGUAGAAUACUUUCAAGAUGUAUAAAAUUAAUCCUAAGUAAUUUUAUUGAUAAUAAUGUAAUAGUUGACAUUCAACGAUAUAGAUUAUAUAUUAGAUGAAUUACUUAAUAAAACUUCUGAUUCAUUGAAUAUUGAUUCUCAAAGGUCUUUAUAAACUGUAGAUAUUUCUUCCAUCCUAAAUUUUCCAAGAUUUAAAUUAGAUGAUUCGAAAUUUACUUAAUAACUCUAUUAAGAAAUCUCACUAAUAAUCCCAGUUAAAGUUAACAAAUAAAUGAAUAUCAAGGAAGAAUUUUUGAAACAAGAACAAAAGGAAUAAAUUGAAAGAAUUAAAUAAAACUUGGGAUUAGACUUUGAAAAAUAGUAGAGAGAAAUUCAGAAAUAAAUGGAUUUAAAAUUAUAAGAUAAAAAUAUGUAGUUAUAAUAACUGGCUAAUCAAUAAAAUAUUCCAUAAUCCUAAAGUAUUUAAUCUAAUCAUUCAUAAAAUCUGAAACCAUUCAAUUAUUAACUAAUCCAAGAAUAUUCAAUUUAACAAAGUGAAUACUGUAAUGCUAUAGCUAUUGAUAAAGAUUGUUCAACAUUAAUAGCAGGAUGUAAUUCACUAAUUAAAGUAUUUGAAUUUAAUAAAGGAAGAACCAAACUAAUUUAAUCUUUAAAUCAACAUAAGUCUACUGUAUUAUGAUAAAGUUAUAUUAAUAAUAGAAAAAUCAGGAUAGAAUUUAGAAUGGAAAGUAAUAUAAAAGAUUAAAGUUGAAUAAUAGGGAUGGAGAGUAUGUUUUAUUGAUAAUAAUAUUUUCACAUUCUCACCAGAGGGUAAAGAAUAGAUAACAGUUUUUGAAAUAGAUACUAACAAUAAAUAGUUUAUAAAAACUAAAGAUAUUCCUAUCAAGAGUGGAUCAGAUGGUUAAGCAAGAUUUCCUUAACAAUAUAUAAAUUCAAAAUGUAUUCUUGUGAGUAAGAAUGGACAAUAUGUCAAUUUUAUAAGAAAAAAAUUAAAUGGAGACUUUCUAACUGAAUAAUCUAUCCAUUUUGGAACUGAUAG